CCACCUGCCAUCCGUGGCCGUCGAUGCCCCCAAUCGACCAGGCACCGCCGCCGCCACCGACCCCCCCACGCGACCACCCACCGCCGACGCCGCCGAUCCCCUCGCGACCCCGCCGCCGCUCGCGAGACGCCGCCGUCUCAUCCUCACGGGAGGCACGCGACCAGGCGCUCCGCUCGACAUCCGCCGACGCCGCGAUCCCCGGUCCUCGAUUCCGUCUCAUCCUCACGGUCAUCGACAUCCUGUUACCAACUUCAAAUUUCUAGGGAAGCUGUUGAAGCUGUUAACACUGAAGGAGCUGUUGCCGUGACUGAGGAUGAGAAGAAGCAGGAAGAUUUACCUCAAUCGGAACCUGAGAAGAACAAGGAGGGGGAGCCAAAUGAAGAGGAGGAAAAGGAACCUGAAGAUAAGGAGAUGACCUUGGAGGAAUAUGAGAAAGUACUGGAGAAGAGGAAAGCUUUGCUUCCACUGAAGGCUGAGGAGAGAAAGGUUGAGGUAGGCAAGGAGUUGCGGUCAAUGCAACAGCUUUCAGUGAAGAAGGAUUCUGAUAAGGUCUUCAUCAAGCUGGGUUCUGACAAGGAGAAAAGGAAAGGAAAUAUUGAAAGAGACGAGCGUGCCAAGAAGUCCCUCAGCAUCAAUGAAUUCUUGAAGCCGGCUGAUGGUGAAAGGUACUAUAGCCCUGCCGGUCGUGGACGUGGUCGUGGCAGAGGCAGUGGUGAUCGUGGGGGAUACCAAGGGGGCCAUAGACCAAUUGCUGGGCCAUCAAUUGAAGAUCAAGCACAGUUAUGUGGGAAAUGAGAAUGGUGCCAUCUCCAUUAACUUCUUGCUAUCUUAGGCGAUCUACUUGUGUUCUCAUGCAUCGCCCGCUACACCUGUACUGUGCCGUGGUGUCUUGCUCGAUAUCGGCCACCGAGUCUGUUGCGUUUAUCUGUGAGCCAGAUUUCAAAGAAAGGUCAUUUUUUUUCCCAUUUGACAUGCUCUAAUGUACUCGACCAUCAGUUAAAUGAUUUUGCUUAGUUGAGUUAAGAAAGUUCUUAACUUAAUAGGGUGCCCCUUUUUGUGACUGUCACACUUUAGACUGGCUGAUUUGAUCCAGGAA